UUCAAUACGGGAUACUUUCAACCUAUGAUUAUCACUGGUUCUUUUACCGACCAAAAAAUAAUAAUACAGCGCUACACAUUUCACAUCCUCUUAAGCGUGAUUCAACCGAUCCACCGGUGCUUAAGGCAUACGCAUAUCUAGCUCAGUUAGCAGAGAGAGAUCCCACAUCCCCCAUCAUAAUUUAAUUAAUCAUAAUGGGAGUCAAAAUUUACCAUUCAAAGCUUCGAGAAUAUCCAGAUCCCCCGAAGUAUGGGCAGUGGCUCAAAUGUGUCAUCCAUAUUUUCUGGCAAUCAGGAAACAAGGCAACAAGAUAAUGAUGAAAUUAUGGAACAGGAUUUUGACUUUUCGGCAAACCGGAGGGACGUACCGAUGUGAAUUCUAUGGACAAACUUGGUGUGUUGUGGAUAUUAUGGGGCGGGAUGGGCUAUGUUAUGGGUACAACGAUAGUUGGCACUAUGUUGAGUUUCCAUAAGAUAAAGCAACAGCAAAAAAGUAAGGCUCUCGAGGCAUUAAAAAUAAUUCAUAGUCAUAACAUUCUUCACAAUGAUAUCCGAGAAGAAAAUAUCUUAGUUAACGAAAAAGGUGAUAUAUAUAUUAUUGACUUUGGGAUGUCAGUUGUAACUGAUAAAAAGAAGCUGUUUCGUCAAGAAGAAUUUGAAUUAUCCCGUUUAUUAAAUCGUUAUAUGUAGUUAAUAUUUGCUAUGUAAAAUUCACAAAUCAUUAGCUAGUUUUUUGUUAACAUCCUAU